CAAGAAGAUUUUGGGACAAGAAGAGAAAUAAAACGAGGAUCAACAUCGGUGUGGCAUUUCCUAAAUGGAGAGAACUUCGCGACAAACUUCAGCUUUACAGAGACGCCGAUCUUGCAUGUGUUUUAAUAGACGGUCUGAUUGAUUUCCAUCAGCGGUGGAGCUGAAGACGACAGUUCCCAUCAUUCCACGCUUCUCCACAGCAUCAUCAAGCUACGCCGUUGUUCUUAUUUGAAUGUUAUUGACUUUUACAUAUUGCACCUUUAAGCAAUUAAAACUGACAAAUCUCUUUAUAUUAAACCGGAAUAAAGCUUGAAGUAUUUGAGAGAAAAUGCAUUUUAAAUAAUACAGUAAACGAUGUCCAUCGACGAAAUCUGUUGUCCAUCUUAUGUUUUUGUAAUUGUAUACACAAAGAUUAAAUAAAAAGCAAUUAAAACUAUUCAUUUGGUUGUUUGUUGAUAUAAUAAUAGUAAUUAUAAAAAAAAAUAAAUGUAAGAAAAGUUUUAACAAUUGUGAGACACAUGACCUCACACUCACUAAUUUUCACGCCAGUGUAUAGAGUGGGAAUGUGACGUCAGCAACGCAAGGCAUUUUGGGACUUGGGGACACGGACGCUGCUGUAUGUACUGUGUUGGAUUGAUAAUAGAUGGUUUUGUUUGCUUUGUACAGAUUAAAAUGGUGAAAUCUUGUUGUGUAAUUAACUGCCAUAAUUGCACUCACGACCAGCAUGGAAAAAGAAUUUCAAAUGGAGUUUGAUCUUUCAGCUUUCCCGCCUGGAAACAGCACCUUGGAUCUCGGGUCUCCGAGUUAAAAAAGCGGCGUCGCAUGGCUUGGAUAGCAGCAGUAAGAAGGAAAACCAUCACCUUCAACAACAUUUCCCGAAACACGCUUGUUUGUUCACGCCAUUUUCACAAAGGCAAACCAGCCUAUGAAAUGCUGGACAGCGAUCCUGACUGGGUACCAUCAUUGCAUCUCAGGCACACAGAAGUUAACGCAACGCACUCUGGACGGUUUAACCGGAGUACAAGGAGACUGCAAGCUGUCACAGGGGAUCAUGCUGCACCUGCACAACUAGAUGUAGCUGGCCAGGUGGAUGAAGCUUCAACAGCAGGCAAUGCUUCACAAAUGGAUGACGCAGGCUCAAAUAACAACACUGCAGAACAGCAGGAAUGCCAUCUUUGUAGCUGCAGGCGUGCUGAAUUUCACUGUUUGUUGGAGGAGAACAGGAGACUGAAGGAAGAGCUCGCCCAAAAGAGAAUGGAUGAGGAUUCUUUUAAAGAUGACGACGCAAAGGUGGAGUACUACACUGGGCUUCCAUGUCUUACGCUUCUGAUGGGUGUGCUGACACAGCUUCUUCCCUGCCUGCCACAGACUGGCCGAAAACUCUCACCUUUUCAGAUGCUCCUUUCAACACUGAUGCGUCUCAGGCUGAAUCUCCCAAUUCAGCACAUUGCAUACCUCUUCUCUGUGGAUCGAAAGACUGUGUCCACCACAUUCAGAGAUACCAUAGGUUCAAUGUUUAGUCAUCUCAAACCCUUGGUGCACUGGCCAGAGAGACAUUACUUGCAGGCCACCAUGCCACAUCACUUUGUAGAGGCUUUUGGGAGUCAAGUAGCAGUUAUUGUGGACUGCUUUGAAAUUCGCAUUGAAAGAGCAUCAAAUCUCAAAACUAGAGUGCAGACAUUUUCCCACUACAAACACCAGCAUACCCUAAAGUAUCUCAUUGGCAUUACACCACGAGGCUCUAUCUCUUUCAUUUCCCAAGGGUGGGAAGGUCAUGUCAGUGACAAGCAUGUGACUGAGAAUAGUGGCCUUCUUAAUAAACUAUUGCCUGGGGACUUAGUGUUGGCAGAUCAUGGAUUUGACAUCAGAGACAGUGUUGGACUCGUGUGUGCAAAAGUGAAAAUACCUGCAUUCACAGGAGGACACAGCCAGCUGGAUGCAAAAGAUGUGGAGGAAGCACGCCGGAUAGCUCACCUCAGGGUUCAUGUGGAGAGGAUGAUUGGAUGUGUACGCACAAAGUACACCAUACUAAAUGGAAUUGUACCAGUCAGCAUGGUACUCCCAUGUCAAGGUGAAGACAUGACGUUCCUGGACAAGAUUGUGACUGUAUGCUGUGCCUUGACUAAUAUGUGCCCCAGCGUUGCCAUGAAACCAUAAACUAUGGUCAUAAACUAGGGCUGUCAAAUUAUUUGAUCACCAUUAAUCACAUCCAAAAUAAAACUUUGUGUUUAUCAAUGUUUGUAUACUGUGUAUAUUUAAAUACACAUGUGUGUGUGUAAAUAUUUCUGAUAUAUACACAUGUAUGCAUGUGCAUUUAUGUAUACAUAUAAAUACACACAAACAUACAUUAUAUAAACAACUUUUAUUUUGGAUGUGAUUAAUCUGUUUGACAGCCUUACAUUAAACGUUACCUGUGCAUAAACAGCAUAUCCUGCAUUAAGUGUAAUGCAUAUUGCAUACCACCUGUUACAAUAAUAAACUGCAAAAUGUA